AUGAGCCCUCAGAUGAAUGCAAAGCUCCUGAAAAAAUACAAAAAUUUCAUUGGUGACAACGAAUUUUUCAGGGCGUUUAUACCAAACUACGAGGAGGUUAUUGGAGGAGAUGACGAGCCUAUUGAGCCAUACACGUUUGUCAGUAGUCCUAGGUUUAUUCUGCAUGAGCUUAAAGAUUAUCAGAUUGAGGGAUUAAACUGGCUAAUUAAUAUGCAUGAAAAUUCUAUAAAUUGUAUACUAGCAGAUGAGAUGGGAUUAGGAAAGACUCUCCAGACGAUUGCAUUUCUUGGAUACAUCCGAUAUGUGAGAAAGGAGAAGAAAAAGCACCUGAUUGUACUUCCGAAGUCUACCCUCGCCAACUGGAAAAGGGAGUUUAAGAAGUUCAUGCCUAAUUACAAGGUUCGUGUGUUUUACUCUUCUCGAAAGGAAAUGAGGAAGGAGGCAGAAGAAAUUAUGUCAUCGAGAUGGGAUGCAUGUUUAACAACAUAUGAGAUGUGUAUAAAUGCAAAGAAUAUUCUGAAUACAGUUAAUUGGUCAUACAUAAUUAUAGAUGAAGCUCAUAGAAUAAAAAACGAGCACAGCCUUCUUAGUAAGAUAGUUAGGAUUUUUUCUUGCGAUCACCGGCUUCUUAUUACAGGAACACCUCUUCAGAAUAAUGUUCAUGAGUUAUGGGCGUUGCUAAAUUUCAUAGUUCCUGAGAUCUUCAACGAUGCCGAGAAGUUUGAAAGGUACGUGAUGAACAUAGACGAGGGGGAUGGAGAAGCCAUUAAAAGGAUCAGAAGUGUUCUUCAGCUCUUUUUCUUGAGGAGAGAGAAGAUAGAUGUUGAGAAAGGGCUGCCUCCAAAAAAAAUCAUCAAUCUAUAUUCGAAGUUAAGUGCUAUGCAGAGGGAGUGGUACAGGAUGCUUCUGAAAAGGGAUCUAUCUCCACUUGGAAAUACAAGAGACCCAAAGGGAAUGCUUAUGAAUGUUGUUAUGCAGUUGAGGAAGUGCUGCAAUCAUCCAUAUCUGUUCCCAGAUGCAGAGCCUGAACCAUACACCAAUGAUAAGCACAUAAUUGAGAAUUCUGGCAAAAUGAUGAUGCUUGACAAGUUGCUGGCCAAUUUCAAAGCCAAGGGGUCUAGGGUUCUCAUUUUCAGCCAGAUGUCGAUGAUGCUGGAUAUACUUGAGGACUAUGCAGUAUUCAAGGGAUAUAAAUAUUGCAGAAUUGACGGAUCUACAUCCUACAGGGAAAGGACAGAAGCAAUAGAUGCAUUUAACGCAGAAGGAAGUGAUAAAUUCAUAUUUCUUCUAACAACAAGGGCGGGAGGCCUUGGGAUAAACCUGUCUACUGCCGACACGGUGGUUCUGUUUGAUUCGGACUGGAAUCCACAGAUGGAUCUUCAAGCACAGGAUAGGGCCCACAGGAUAGGGCAAAAGAAGCAAGUUGUGGUCUUCAGGCUGAUUAGUGAGAAUACUGUUGAGGAGAGGAUUGUUUAUAGAUCACUGCAGAAGCUCAGGCUGGAUGACAUUUUGCUGCAGGGAAGAUAUCAUAGAAACUCCACCGUCAGUCAGUCUGAACUUAUUGAUAUUUUGGCAAACGGAAUGGAAAUUGGGGAGGAUGAAGGAAAGGAUGAGAGUAUCGACGAUAUAAUUAGAAGAGGGGAGGAGAAGACUCGGGAGAUGAAUAUGAGGCUAUGUGACUUCAAGAUUAGUGAUGGAUUGAACACAAACAUUGAUUGCUACAGUUGGGAAGGAGAAGACUACAAUGUCAAGAAGAUUGAGAGUUUUAUUGAAAGCAACCAAGAUAAUCAUGGGAGGUCCUCAAGGGCGAGUAUUCUCUUCCGAGCCAAGCCGCGAAUUAUUGAAUAUCCUGAGUAUCAAUUCUAUCCACGAGAGCUCCAGGACAUACAGGAGAAGGAGAUCAAGCUUUACGAAGAAGGCAAGGUCCUUUCGCAGAGUGAUAUGGUUAGAAAGAAAGAGCUUUUAUCACAGGGUUUUGAUUGGACAAAGAAAGACUUCCAAUCUUUUGUGAAGGCGAUGGAGAAGGUUGGAAAGGAUAAUGUUCCAAAAAUAGCAAUGCUACUAAGCCACAGAGAUGAUGUGGAGGCAUACCAUAAGGUCUUCUGGGAAAGAAUAAAUGAGCUGAGAGAUGCAGAGAAGAUAAUAAGUUCUAUAAAUAGAAGCCAACGGAAAAUGGAGAAGAGAUCCAGGAUCAGGGAAAUAAUUGAAAGAGAUUUUGAGGAUAUCAGCAGGAAGCUGGGAAAGACACGAUCAAAGCUUGGUGACUACAACAACCUCCUGUUGAAUCUUUAUAGGAAGUACAUUGAUUACCCUAAUUGGGUAGAAUGCAUUCGUAAGGAUAUCCUAGGAUUAACUGAGUAUAAGUUUGAUUAUUAUCUCCUGUCAAGAACAAAUAGUGAUAUCCAGAAGCAUGUCAAUCAUCUUGUUGAUACACUAGUUAAGUCUUACAAAGGGACCGAAGCAUCCAAGGUAUGUCCAAAGGCUUAA